CGCGACCUCUUCUCCCUCCCCUCUCUAACCCUCGACGCCUACAUCGUCCCCUCGCAGGACCCCCACCAGAGCGAGUUCAUCGCCGACUGCUUCCAGCGCCGAGCGUAUAUCUCGGGCUUCACCGGGAGUGCUGGGACUGCCGUCGUCACCAGGGAAAAGGCGGCGCUUUGGACUGAUGGGAGGUACUUCCUGCAGGCGGAGAAGGAGCUUGGGAAGGAGUGGGUUCUGAUGCGGAGCGGGAAUCUGGGGGUUCCGACGAUGGCGGAGUGGCUUAAUGAGGUUUUGGAUGAUGGGAGUAGGGUCGGGGUUGAUCCUUUUCUGUUUUCUUCUGAUGCUGCAGAGGAGCUGAAAGAGGAGAUUUCAAAGAAAAACCAUGAGUUGGUUUUCGUGUAUGAUUUCAAUCUUGUGGAUAAGGUGUGGGGAGAAUCGCGGCCCAAGCCUCCGGUUAGACCAAUCAGAGUGCAUGAUAUUAAAUAUGCUGGUGUGGAUGCCUCAUCGAAGCUGUCUUCAUUGAGAGCUGGACUUGCUGAAGCUGGAUGUACUGCAAUUGUUGUAACCAUGCUUGAUGAAGUUGCUUGGUUGUUGAACUUGAGAGGAGAUGAUAUUCCGCAUUCGCCUGUGGUAUAUGCAUACCUAAUUGUGGAGAAUAACAGUGCUCGAUUAUUUGUUGAUAAUUCCAAAGUCACUGAUGAAGUAAUCGUCCAUCUUGCAAAUGCUGGAGUAGAAGUGAGGCCAUAUGAUACCAUCUUGUCUGAAAUAGAGAGAAUGGCAGAGCAAAAGGCAAAACUAUGGUUGGACUCUUCAAGUGUGAAUGCUGCAAUUGUUAGCAAAUUUAUGUCUGCUUGUGAUAAGAAUAUUAAAAAAUUUGGAACCAAUGGGAAGAACAGAAAUGUGAAGACAUCUAAGGAUAAUCCCCUAGUCAAAAGUCAUGAUGCCAAAAGUGAAGGGCCUAGUGUCUAUUACAAGGUUUCUCCUGUCACCCAUGCCAAAUCAGUGAAAAACGAGGCAGAGCUUGAGGGUAUGCGCAGUUCACAUUUGAGAGAUGCCGUUGCUUUAGCAGAAUUUUGGUCUUGGCUGGAAGAAGAAAUUCUUAAGAAUGUGGAUCUAACUGAAGUAGAAGUUUCUCAGAAACUACUUGAUUUUCGUAAAAAGCAAGCUGGUUUUAUCGACACAAGCUUUGAGACCAUCAGCGGAUACGGACCAAAUGGUGCAAUCAUACAUUACAGGCCCUUACCGGAAAACUGCAGUAUUGUUGAUGACAAGAACCUUUUCCUCCUAGAUAGUGGUGCCCAGUAUGUUGAUGGUACUACUGACAUUACAAGGACAGUACAUUUUGGCGAACCAUCUUCAAGACAAAAAGAGUGUUUCACGCGAGUCUUACAGGGACAUAUAGCUCUUGAUCAGGCAAUAUUCCCUGAAAAUACUCCUGGUUUUGUUCUUGAUGUGUUAGCACGGUCUUCUCUCUGGAAAAUUGGGCUUGAUUAUCGCCAUGGGACUGGUCAUGGUGUAGGUGCUGCAUUAAAUGUGCAUGAAGGUCCACAGAGUAUAAGCUUCCGAUUUGGAAAUAUGACUCCAUUGCGGGAGGGUAUGAUUGUUAGCAACGAACCUGGUUAUUAUGAAGAUCAUUCUUUUGGGAUUAGAAUAGAGAAUCUUCUUUAUGUUGUUGAGAAGAAUUUACCAAAUGCAUUUGGAGGCAUCGGAUAUCUGGGUUUUGAAAAGCUUACAUUUGUUCCAAUUCAGUCUAAACUAGUUGACUUGUCCUUGUUAUCUUCAUCAGAAACCAAUUGGUUGAAUGAUUAUCAUUUAGAAGUCUGGGAAAAGGUAUCACCAUUGCUGGAAGGCUCUGCUCAAGAAUGGCUAUGGAACAAUACCAGGCCCCUUCAGAAGAAAUAAUGUCCGUCCUACCUAUCAAUAUAUUUCCACCAUAUAGAUUCUCUUCAUCACUGUACAUAUUAUCGACGAGAUGCUCCCGAAGGAAUACAAAUCUUUUAGAAGAUGGGAUCAGUAAACAAGCAUUGAAGCAACAAGCAACAAGGACAACUAAACUUCGGCUUUGCUGGUAUUCUUGUAGGGUGUAUACUUGGAGGGUGAAAUUGCCAUGAGGAGCAUUCAAGUAGCCCUUUUUGAGGCCUCUUUGCAAGAAAAUAGGCCUCAUUUAUUUGCUGCUAAGCUUUUUCCAGACCAACGAGGAUCUUACGUAGUAAAAUCUGUGUUCUUAUAUUGGUUUGAAUGCAAUAAGUUCACGCAAUUAUUUGUCAAUAAUAAUUGUUAUUGGUCCGAAAAGAGAAAACGAGAGAACCCUCUCACAUCGAGGCUCAACUCCUGCAAUUUUUUGGCGUCAUCCACGAGCGUAAUGUUUGAAAGUCUACAUGAAA